GAACAUUCAAUUUGAGGGUCCUCAAUGUAAGGUGAUGGAAACCCUCCGCGAACGCUUCUUUGGUCCUUCGUUUGAGCUUGGGUCUCGUGAUGAAUACCAUGAGAUAUAUGGCACACUUGAUGAGAAAGAUCCUCUGAUGAGGCCAGAAGGCGGAGAAAGUGUUGAUGAUGUUGCAUCUAGACUUGCAGAAGCUAUGGUAACUAUGGAGUCUCUAUUUCAAGGGUGCACGAUCUUAGUUGUUAGCCAUGGCGAUCCCCUACAAAUCUUGCAAGCUAUAUUGAAUUCUACUAAGCUAAACACCGAAUCCAGUUAUGACGACUUGGCAUCAAGAAUUCAAAAUGUUAGAGCUCCUUCAAUCUUGUCACAGCACAGGAAAUUUAACCUGCGAACUGGGGAGCUCCGGGCAGUUAUAUGAAUAUGAAGAUUAUAUCAGGCUGAAAAAGUGUCCAUGGAUGAAUAGAUUGCUAUUAACAAUAAUAGGUGAUAUCUUCUUAUUGGCUUUCUUACGAGGCAUAAUGCAACCUAAAGUAUCUCAGUUAUUGAAUGUUUUGCACUUGGCAUUUGGCAAUGCUCUUUUUGUUGUGGUCAGAUUUUUUGCACUUGGAAAUGCUUUUGCAACUCAGGAAUUCAAUUGUAAUGGUAUCCUUUAUUUUAAGUAAGCUCGCAAGAUAUAAGUUGGCAAGUUAGGCGGAGUUGGCUCAACCCAAUGCGGGGUGAAUCAAGUAGUGUGGGCAAGAAUGUUCUAUUGGAGCAGGUCUGCUCUACAAUCUGGCAAUUAAGGACGCUGCAGAAGUAGCAAUGUUUGUAUGGAUAGCAUGCAAAGGAUUCUUAUUUCUUACCUAGUGCAAAAUGUCUUUUUCGAAAGAAAGUGGUGCAGGACCCAAUUUUUCGUCAGUGUGGGAUGAAAGUGGGUGGAAUCCAUUAUUCAUGCCAUUUGGUCUUGUCAAACAGCACGCUUUACUCGGAAAUUAUCUCUUUAGUGUCAGGGUCUGGAAAGAAAAAUACUUAAAUUUAUUUCAUCAUGUUUCCUUAAUUGGUAGCUUGUGGCAGUGAUUUGGGAAGUUUUGCUUUCUUUGCAUAAUGGCUCUGGAAACCGCAAUUUUAAGGGAUUCCAAUGGAAGUCUCGUUGGUGUACAUAUGCAUUGCGAGCUCUAUUUCAGCUCAUGCAACAGACUCUUGCUCUCCUCUUUAGGUUGCAGUUUUCUCAGAAUAAGGGUUUGCUUAGAGUAGUGGAAAGUGAUAAUGCGAGCCAUUCAGUGAAGGUAAAGACUCAUCUCUUCACUGUAGUGCCGCUGGCAAUAUCAUUAGUGAACUAAAGCUGUUGCUGCAAGGCUACUUGUUAUUCAUUGCCAUAUGUUUCCCGAGUCUAUAACAGCGUUGCUUAUCUCUUGGCUAUCGAACAAGUGGUUGAGUUUCAUGAUUCAGGUGUGCCGUGGAUACCCAAAAAAAAUUUGAGUCCAGUAUUUGAUGAUG